AUGUUUUGGAUGCUAACUGUUUAUCUAGUAGUAUGCUGCUUGCUGAAUUUGACCUUUGGUGCAAAUCACUCUGUCGGGUAUUGCAAUACAUUUAAUAAUUGCGGAAAGAAGUCUAUUUUUGGAAAGCCAUUGCCCUGUGCAAACUUUGUUGAAGCAAGGGAGCCAAGUUUAGAGUCCAAGAAUAAGUUAAGGGCUAUCUGUGGUCAAGACUUUGAUCUCGUAUGCUGCUCGCCCGAACAAAUUGAAGAGCUAGAAUCAAAUUUAAAAAGAGUAGAUGCUAUAAUAUCAUCAUGUCCAGCUUGCCAUAGGAAUUUUUAUAACUUUUUUUGUCAAUUUAGCUGUUCUCCCAAUGAGUCUACUUUUGUUGAGAUAUUGAAAACACAAGUGGCCAAGGAUACAGGAAAGGAAAUCGUCACCGAAAUCAAUCAAUACGUUGAUCCGAAAUCAGCCAAACAAUUUUAUGAUUCUUGUAAAGAUGUCAAGUUUCUGGCAACCAAUGGAUUUGCAAUGGAUUUGAUAGGUGGUGGAGCUAAGAACUUUUCCCAAUUUUUGAAAUUUUUGGGCGAUGAAAAGCCAUUUUUGGGAGGUUCUCCUUAUCAAAUCAAUUUCAAGUAUAACUUGACAGAGCAAGAAAAACAGCUGGGCUUGCGGUUAAGGAAGGACAAGAUGUAUGCUUGUAAUGAUAAGGAGUAUAAUUGCGCUUGUACAGAUUGUGAAAAAUCUUGCCCCAAACUACCUCAUGCCAAAAACUUGAAAAAGAAAUGUACAGUUGGUAUAAUUCCUUGUUUUUCCUUUGCAGUUUUGACUGUCUUGAUCUGUUUGAUCUUGUUAUUGGGAGGUUAUCACUUGCAUUUGGCAAAUGCAAAAAAAUAUUCAGGGCAAAGACAUGGAUCAUAUCAUAGCAACAUUGAUGACGAUGAUGAAAUGAUUAACCCACUAGCAUUUGUUACAGUGAGAAAACCAGCAAUUCGUCAGUGUCUGGACAAGUUGAACUCUUACAUUCAAAACUCAUUUGAAAAACUUGGAAAAUUCUGCUCAACUUUCCCAGGGUUCACCAUUGGAACUUCUUUAACCAUUGCCAUUCUUUUAUCUCUCGGAAUGUUUAAAUUGAAACUAGAGACUAAUCCAGUAAAUCUUUGGGUUAGUCCAAAAGAACCAGCAUAUAUCAACCAGCAAUAUUUUGAGUCUCAGUUUGGCGAAUGGUUUAGAGUUGAGCAAGUUAUUGUUAGUUCCAAAUCAAAUGAACCUAUAUUCAAGUGGGAUACGAUAUCAUGGUGGUUUCAACAGGAACAAAUUUUUCAAACUCUUAACAAAGAUGUUUCUUUAACAGACAUUUGCUUCAAGCCCUUGGGUGAAACAUGCGCUAUUGAGUCAUUUACUCAAUAUUUCCAUGGUGAUAUAAACGAGAUUAAUGAAUACAACUGGAGAAGUAAACUACAAGAAUGCGCAAACUCCCCAGUAAACUGUUUACCAACAUUUCAGCAACCUUUGAAGCCACAACUUUUAUUUGAUAAUGUGGAUAUUUCAAAAGCCACUGCCUUCACAGUAACACUAUUGAUUAACAGCAACUCAACUGACGAAAGAUUGACAACGAAAACCGUGUCAUAUGAGCAUUCAUUCCAGAAUUGGGCUAGGAGUUUGCAGCAGAAUGACUUGGGCUUGAAUAUAGCCUACAGUACAGAAGUCUCACUUACGGAAGAACUAAACCAGUCAUCAAACACCGACAUUAGAAUUAUAGUAAUUUCCUACCUUGCAAUGUUCAUUUAUGCAUCAUUAGCACUUGGUGGGAAAUUACCCAAUGCCUCAAUAAUGCUGGUGGUCAAGACUAGGUUUAUGUUAGGAUUGGGUGGCAUUGUUAUUAUUUUGCUAGCAGUUACAUCAUCUGUUGGGUUGUUUUCCUUGGUGGGAUUAAAAUCAACUUUAAUCAUAGCCGAAGUCAUACCUUUUUUGAUUUUGGCAAUUGGCGUGGACAAUAUCUUUUUAAUAGUACAUGAGCUUCACAAGAUUACAGAACAUGAACCCGAUUUAGAUCUCACCUUGAGAAUAGCAUUUUCCAUGAGAAAUAUUGGCCCUUCUUGUUUCAUUAGUGCCGUAUUACAAAUAUCAAUGCUUUUGUUAGCUAGUGCUGUUGACAUGCCUGCGGUGAAGAACUUUGCAAUCUACAGUGCUUGUUCAGUUGGUAUCAAUUUUCUUUUGCAAAUGACAUGUUUCAUUGGGUUACUAGCCUUGGAUCAGCGACGAAUGGAACUGGGCCGUGUUGACUGUGCACCAUGGAUAACUCUUUCGCCAAUCCGUCUUGAUGACGGUGUUGAUGAUGGCAAUGGCAACGGCAAUAGCAACGACAAUAGCAACGGCAAUGGUAAUCGCAAUGGUGAUAGCAAUGGUGAUGACGAUGACCACAUCAAAGGUGAAAAACACUUGGAGUAUAAUUUUUCCAGCUGGAUAAGUAACAAAUAUGCACCUUACAUAUUAGGAAGAACCGUUAGACCAAAAAUCUUGACAUUUUUCAUACUCUGGCUGGGUAUUUCAUUGAGCUUUUUCCCAGAAAUUCAAUUUGGUUUGGAUCAAAGAAUAGCAUUACCUAAAGGUUCCUACCUUAUUGACUAUUUCAAUUCAGUUUACAAUUAUUUCAAUACAGGGCCUCCGGUAUUUUUCGUUGUUAAAGACCUUGACGUUAGAAAAAGAGAACAUCAACAGGAAAUAUGUGGUAAAUUUGCCGCUUGUAAUAAAUACUCAGUUGCGAAUAUCUUGGAGCAGGAAUUUAAGAGACUGAAGAAAUCAACGAUUGCUGAACCAUCAAGCAAUUGGCUUGAUGAUUUCUUAUCUUGGUUGAACCCUGAUUUAGAUCAGUGUUGCAGAUUUAGAAAAUCUAGUUUAGUUUUUGAGCAUCCCCCUGAGUUUUGUCUGCCAAAUGCACCUGAACGUCAAUGCCAAGCUUGUUAUGCUGAUCACGAUCCGCCUUAUGAUCCAAGUAUGCAAGGGUUCCCACAAGACAAAGAGUUUAUGUUUUAUUUCAACCAAUGGAUUGAAGAGCCAAGCGACCCAUGUCCCUUAGGCGGUAAAGCUCCAUACUCAACUAGUAUAUCACGAAGCAAUAGUAGUAUAAAAGCAAGCUAUUUUAGAACAGCCCACACACCAUUACGGUCACAAGACGAUUUCAUUGUAGCUUACAAGAACUCCAAAAGAAUUGUUGACGAAAUCAAGAGAUUCAUACCCAACUUAAAUAUAUUUAGUUGGUCACCAUUUUACAUUUUCUUUGUACAAUACCAGCAUUUAGUCAGUUUGACGUUUUGGCUACUCAGUGCAGCCAUUGGCAUAAUUUGGUUGGUUUGUACAAUAUUGUUAGGCUCAAUGAGAUCAAGUACGAUAAUGACUGUAACGAUUAUUUCAAUAAUGAUAAAUAUAGGUGGUGUAUUAGCGUUAUGGGGCAUUUCUUUGAAUGCGGUGUCACUAGUCAACUUAAUAAUUUGUUGCGGAUUAGCUGUUGAGUUCACUAUACAUUUAACAAGAGCAUACACGGUUUCCAAGGUAUCGAUAUUUGAAAAUGAAAAUGACGAGUGCAUUUAUAAUACAUUUAUCAAUUACAUUGGAAUCAAUUCCUCGUUAUCUUCGUCAUCAGCAUCGAUAGAAGAAUUCAAUUCAAAACUACGUUAUGCUAAAGCUUUCAAAGCAUUAGCAACGGUUGGUGGAUCCAUAAUCGGUGGAAUCACCAUCACCAAAAUAAUUGGAAUAUCAAUUUUGGCAUUUACAAGAUCCAAGAUAUUCGAAGUUUACUACUUUAGAAUGUGGUUUGCUUUAAUAGUUAUAUCAGCGUUACACGCACUAAUCUUAUUACCUGUAUUGUUGAGUUAUUCAGGUGAUUUGAAUAAAUCAAAUAGCAUAGUAUACGACGCUAGUCAAUUAAGUGGGAGAUUAGGCGGUGAUAUAAAUCACGAUGAAAACUAUUUGGAUGAUAAUAGUAAUUCCGAACUGUAA